AUGGAAAAAUUCGAUUUCGCCGUACAGGGCGCCGAGAAGAUCGCGCGCAUGAUAGCACGGUACCGUAUUUUUGAAGAUAUCUAUUUCCAGCAAUCCUCACCAGUAACAGGGCAUCUGCAGCAAGCAGUGGUGCGGUUGUAUAGAGCGGCCCUCCAGUAUCUGGUUGCCACCAAGCUGUAUUUCCUGGAGAAGACCGGAUGUGAGUAG